UCUCGUCGGUAACUGUGUCGGUUGUUGCUUGAACUAAAUCACUGAAUCGUUUCUCUCAGUCACAGUUUGGCGUCUCUGCUGCCGCAGUUCAACAUGUCGUCUGUGGAAGUCCGUCCUGUGCAGCGGCCAGCCGCAGUGAACCCAAUGAAGAGGGGUAAAGCCCCAGCAGCGGGUCAGAGGAGAGCUGUUCUCGGAGAGAUGACCAACUUUCCCGGAGCAGCGGUCAACACGAAGAGGAGGGGACCAGCCAAACCAUCUUGUGCCCAAAAACCCAAACCCACUUUGGUGGUGCCUUCAGCGGUCGUGGUCAAGGUCCAAGCACCUGCAGAUCCUGUCCCACCAGUUUCAGAGGAGUCCACUGACGUGUCCAUGAAGGAGAAUGAACUGUGCCAGGCUUUCUCUGAGGCGCUGCUCACUGUGCACGACGUGGAUGAGCAGGACGCGGACCUGCCACAGCUCUGCUCAGAAUACGUCAAGGAGAUCUAUAAAUAUCUGCACGUCCUCGAGGUGCAGCAAUCUGUACGAGCCAACUACAUGCAGGGUUAUGAAAUCACUGACCGCAUGCGAGCUCUUCUGAUCGACUGGCUGGUCCAGGUUCACUCAAGGUUCCAGCUGUUGCAGGAGACUCUGUACCUCACAGUUGCCAUCCUGGAUCGUUUUCUGCAGGUUCAGCCAGUCUCUCGCCGAAAGCUGCAGCUUGUUGGUGUGACCGCCAUGCUGGUGGCUUGUAAAUAUGAGGAGAUGUACGCUCCAGAGGUCGGAGACUUUGCCUACAUCACAGACAACGCGUUUACAAAGUCUCAGAUUCUGCAAAUGGAGCAGCUGGUUCUGGAGACACUCAAGUUUCAGCUGGGACGUCCUCUUCCACUGCACUUCCUCAGGCGGGCUUCAAAAGUGGCAAAUUCUGAUGUAGAGAGACACACACUGGCCAAGUACCUGAUGGAGCUGACCCUCCUCGACUACGACAUGGUGCACUACCGGCCCUCUGAGAUUGCAGCUGCCUCACUGUGUCUCUCUCAGCUGCUGCUUGAAGGGCUGCCCUGGUCUCCUACACAGCAGCACUACUCUACUUAUGACGAGGCCCACCUCAAGCCCAUCAUGCAGCACAUCGCCAAAAACGUUGUGAAUGUGACUGAAGGGAAAACAAAGUUCCUGGCUGUCAAGAACAAGUAUUCAGGCAGCAAGCUGAUGAACAUCAGCCUCAUCCCUCAGCUGAAGUCGGCGCUCGUCAAGAAGAUGGCGUCUCCUCUGCUCAACAACCCUUGAGGCGAACUUUGCUGUUUCAUCAGUGGACAUUUCACUUGCACUUUAUUUUAGAUUGUUCACAACCUGUGGAGAAACUUUUUUAGUUUAAUAAAAUGUUUUUAUGAUUUUUAA